UUUGGCGGUGGGGGCGGGGCGCGGGCAUGGCGGAGCUGAGCGGCGGCAGCGAGGCCGUGGCCGUGGCGCUGUGGCCGCCCGGGGAGGCCCCGCCGGCCUUCCAGUACAGCCCCGAGAGCGUGGCCGGAGCAGACGGAGAGCUCGACCCCACUGAAGUCACCUUCCCGGGCUGCUCCUGCCGCAGCAGCUCCUGCGAGGCUCCCGCGUGCCCGUGCCUGAGCCGCGGGCACAGCUACAGCAGCCUGCGCCUCCGGCUGGCAGAGCAGCAGCAGCAGCCCUUCUCCAGGCCCGUGUUUGAGUGCAACAGCCUGUGCUGCUGCGGGGAGGGCUGCCAGAACAGGCUGGUGCAGCGGGGGCUGCGGCUGCGGCUGCAGGUGUUCCGCACGCAGAGGAAGGGCUGGGGCGUGCGCGCGCUGGAGCCCGUCCCCGCCGGCAGCUUCGUCUGCGAGUAUGCCGGGGAGGUGCUGGGCUUUGCCGAGGCCCAGAGGAGAAUCCAGGCCCAGAGCCCACAGCAGCCAAACUACAUCAUAGCGGUGAGGGAGCACCUGCACGACGGGCGGGUCAUGGAGACCUUCGUGGAUCCCACCCGCGUCGGGAACGUGGGCAGGUUCCUGAACCACUCCUGCGAGCCCAACCUCUUCAUGGUGCCGGUGAGAGUUGACUCCAUGGUGCCCAAGCUGGCACUUUUUGCAGCUGCUGAUAUUUCUGCUGGAGAGGAGCUUUCAUAUGAUUACUCUGGAAGAUUCCGUAAUUCACCAGGAGCCAGCAGAGAACACAAACCUCUGGAGGAAGAGAACAGCCUGAGGAAACCUUGCUACUGUGGUUCCCGCACGUGUGCUUCCUUCUUACCUUGGGACAGCUCCCUCUUUUCCACACCAGCCAGUUCUCCACAGACUUUCAGCCUUAAACACACAUAAAAAUACUGAUUUCCCUAGCAGUUAAACUCAUUCUGUUCCAACAAGGAAGCACAUGUGGCUUUGAGGAGCAGCACAGAGACAUGGUUUCAAGAACUAACAUCAUGGAAAAACCUUUUGAAGGUGGAUAGUACAAGGGAUUAUUGGAGCUUCAAGAUGUUCCAAUCUUGCAAAUCAGUGACUAAGCCAGGCCUGGUGUUUUUGUCUGGUUUUCCUCUGACAGCUUGCUGUAUGUUAAAGCAGCUCUCUGUUUGUACCCUUCAGAAAGAAUUGGUACCUUCGGCACUUGUACCUGGACAGGACAUGAUAACAGCAGGAAAGUCACUGACAGUGGCACAAGAAAAUAACACCACGAACCAUGACUCUUGCAAGAAAAGCAUUAGGUUCUUAAAAUCCAUUAAAUUAUUGUUUUUAAAUUA